AUGAGUAAUGCAACCGAGCUGUGGCAGCGCAACUGGGAGCUAGCGCAACGAAUCGGCAACGGCGACGAUGAUGGCGACAACGUGACGUACGUGGAGUCGACGGUGGCGGUGGACGCGGACGGCGGCAACUGCUGCGCGACGACGGCGGAGCCCAACUUCGGGCACUACCUGGAGGCGCUGCCGAACGACCGGGCCGGCCUGCUGGCGUUCCUGUUCCUGUUCUCGUUCGCCACCGUGUUCGGCAACUCGCUCGUGAUCCUGGCGGUGGUCCGCGAGCGCUACCUGCACACCGCCACCAACUACUUCGUCACCAGCCUGGCGGUGGCCGACUGUCUGGUCGGGCUGGUGGUGAUGCCGUUCUCCGCGCUGUACGAGGUGCUGCGCAACACCUGGUUCUUCGGCACCGACUGGUGCGACGUCUGGCGCUCGCUGGACGUCCUGUUCAGCACGGCCUCGAUCCUGAACCUGUGCGUCAUCUCGCUCGACCGGUACUGGGCGAUCACGGACCCGUUCUCGUACCCGAUGCGCAUGACGCGCCGCCGGGCCGCGGCCCUCAUCGCCGCGGUCUGGAUCUGCUCGAGCGCCAUCAGCUUCCCGGCGAUCGUCUGGUGGCGGGCGGCGCGCGACGGCGACAUGCCGCCGUUCAAGUGCACCUUCACCGAGCACCUCGGCUACCUGGUGUUCUCCUCGACCAUCUCCUUCUACCUGCCGCUGCUGGUGAUGGUGUUCACGUACUGCCGGAUCUACCGGGCCGCCGCCAUCCAGACGCGGUCGCUCAAGCUCGGCACCAAGCAGGUCCUGAUGGCGUCCGGCGAGCUGCAGCUCACCCUGCGCAUCCAUCGCGGCGGCACCACCCGCGAGCGGCCCACCCACCGCUCCUCGCAGCCCGCAGCUCCAAGCGAGCAUCAGCACCACCAGCAGCAGCACCAGCAGGCUGCUGCUGAGCCGGCCACGGCCAACUCGACGCCCGAGGACCCAGACGACUCGGAGCCGCUCUCGGCGCUGCACAACAACGGGCUCAGCAGCCACCGUGCGGCGGCCGCCGCGGCCGCCGCAGCUGCCGCCGCCGCCGCCGGCCACCGGACGCACCUCGGCAAGAACUUCUCGCUGUCGCGCAAACUGGCCAAGUUCGCGAAGGAGAAAAAGGCCGCCAAGACGCUCGGCAUCGUGAUGGGCGUGUUCAUCGUCUGCUGGCUGCCGUUCUUCGUCGUCAACCUGCUGUCCGGCCUCUGCAUGCACUGCAUCGCCCACGAGGAGAUCGUGUCCGCCGUCGUCACCUGGCUCGGCUGGAUCAACUCCAGCAUGAACCCGGUCAUCUACGCCUGCUGGAGCCGCGACUUCCGCCGGUACUGCCACAUGGCGACGCUCAUGGCGUCCUCCUCGUCAAUCAGUGGCAUGUUCGACAACGGCUACCAGCGGCGCAGCAGCAGCCGGGGGCAGGGCCCGGCAGGACGGGGGCACAGUCGGGGCGAGCAUCACCAUCACCACAGCCACCACCACCGCUACACCGGGCAUCACCACCACCGGCACUACUGCCAAACCCACUACUACCACCACCGGUCCCGUACGGUCGGGCAGUCAGGCGGCCAGCGGAGCGGCUCCCGGGUCCAGCAUGUCGCCGUCGAUGGACGCCCGACGGCGGCGGAGGCGGCGCCGGGUCCGGGGCCGACCGCGGCCAACCCCGCGGUCAUCAUCGCGAACCCUCCCCGGCCGCCGGCGGCGGUGGCCACCUUCACGACCCUCGGGACAGCAGCCGGCAAUAGCGGAGGUGGCGGGGGCGGCCGCCGGUGCACGUUCGCCCCGGUCGGACCCGACACCACCAUGCCUCACCGUGCCACCUCCCGCCGCCACCAGCAGCUGCGGCGUCAGCAGACCUCCUUCGAGCUGCUCGAACAGCGGCGUUACCGGCUCGAACGGACGCUUGGAUCACCGCCGCCCGCAAACCCGACGGUGACACGUCACCGCUCCUUCGCCGACUAG